AUGCUACGUCAGUACACACAGGACACGAAAUUCAAAGACGUGCAUGUGCGGCUGAUGGAAGCUUUUGAGGACUUGACACCCCGCAGCAUCAAGGGCUGUAUUCACAAGGCCGACAUACGACUCUACAAGCUGGCCGAGUACAUGAAGGGGCUACAAGAAGUCGAAGCGAGUGACAAUGAAAGCGUAGAAGGCAGCAGCGAUGGCGGCAGCGUGACAAGUAGUAACGACUCGAGUGGAAAAUAA